AUGUUAUCCACCAAAUUCCUCCUCCUAGGGGCAUCGCUCUUCACAUAUGCGGUAGCACAAACCAAGAUUGCGUUCACUUCGGUUCCGGCUGUGGCAAAUGCUGGAGAAUCAUAUAACAUCACUUGGGGCGGUGGCGAUGGAUCCCCUGUCACGAUAACUCUUCGAGAAGGCAACUCGAACGAUCUAAAGACCGUUGCGACACUGGCAGAUGGUGUUGACGAGGAUUUCUUUGUCUGGGACGUCUCCAAGAGUCUGCCGACAGCUUCAGACUACGCACUUCAGAUUACACAAGGCCAGGGUUCGAUCAAUUACAGCGGACAAUUCUCGAUUGUUGGUGGAAGCGGCACAUCCACCAUCUCUGCGACGGACACGAGCACAACAGCAACUGCGGCCAACGCCACCGCGCCCUUGACGACACCUGCCACAAUCGUAUCCUCGGGGACAAGCACGCUGAUUGCGAGCAACGUGACCUUCAGGCAAGUGCCGCCUCAAUCAAGCUGCCCCGGCCUGACCGAGACUGACUUGUGA